AUGAUUUCUUUUUUUAACGAAGAUACAAAAGAAGAAGAAAAAUUAUUACAAGAAAUAUUAGAAAACAAAAAUGAUAAGAUACCAAAUAUCUUAAAAGAAAUCGUGACCUCUCAUUUAUCAAAAGGUAAUACACAGAAAAAAGAGGUAUCGUUAAGUAUAAAAAAUGAAGAGGGAUACUAUGAUAAAAGACCAUAUGAAUAUAAUGAAUGUGAUAGAGAUAACAUAAAGGAGAAUAUAAAGUACCCAAGUAAUAAUAUAUAUGAUAGUAAGAAUUGUAAUACAGCUUUAAAUUAUAGUAAUGAAGAGUUAUUAAAUCUUAAAGUUGAUACAAAUAUAUUUUCUUUUCAUAUAAAAAAAAAUGGGAAAAUAAAUUCAGAUAUAUUCUUUAUACCUUAUAAUAGUAUAGAUGAUGAAGAUGUGAUAACAGAAUAUACAUAUAGUUAUAAUUAUUAUGAUAUAUAUCCAGUAAAUAUUGAACAAGUUAAUAAAUCAUUUCAUUCAAAUAAAAAAAGGAAAAUAAUAAAAAAUAAAAAUAUUAAUACAAAUAAUCAAUUAUUAAUAAAGAAGGAAUUAGAUGAAGAUAAUAAUGAUAUAAAUAACGAAAAAAAUGAAAAUUAUAAUGAUAUAAAAAACAAAAGAUCUAACUUCCAAAAAUUAUUAGUUCAUUUUAGAGGGCGAUUAUUUAUUGGAUGUCAUAUAAAUUAUUCAUAUUUUAAAAUAAAAACAUUCUUAGCCAUGAUAAAAAAUAAUGAAGAUAUAGAUGAUACAGAAAAUUUACCACUUUUUAAUUAUGUUAAUAAAAAUAUACAAACAUAUAAUUUAAUUGAAAAUGCUACAUAUUGGAAACAGGAUGAAUAUCCUGAUUAUACUGAUCAAAAUAUACAAAAACUUUUCUUCUUUCAUAUAUUAAUUCCUUUAAAUAAUUACAAUGAAGAAGAGAGUGAAUUAAAUUAUGAUGUUGUUUUUUGA